AGUAAUCAUGUUAAGUAGAACAAAUAAAUGGUUUCUAAAAAAUUUAUCAAGAGAUCAUAAACCAGAUUGUUAAGAUGAAGCUGAACGUAUAAUAAAUAAUGGUGGAAGAAUUGAUCCUUAUAAAGAUUAAAAUGGUUAAGCUUGUGGACCAUUAAGAGUUUGGAAUAAUGGUAAUGUACCAGGAUUGGCUAUGACAAGAUCUAUAGGCGAUUAAAUUGCUAAAAGUGUAGGAGUUAUUGAAAAACCAGAAAUAUUUAAUUUUGUUCUUGAAAAAAUGGAUAGAGUUAUCUUAUUAGGAUCAGAUGGAGUGUUUGAAUUUCUUUCUUAAUAGGACAUUCUAGAUUCUGUUACUCCUCAUGUAGACAGAAUGGAUGUUGAAAGUGCUUGUAAUCAUUUGUUAGAAAUGGCCCAUAUUAGUUGGGUAUAAAGAAGUAAUAAAGUUAUCGAUGAUAUUACUUUUAUAUUGAUUUUUAUGUAAUAUUGA